AUGAAUAUUCCUCAGGAGUGGCAACAGUCAUUUGGAAGGAUAUUUUAUUAUAACAGGAGCUUUUUUCACCCAGCAACAUUUUUCCUUGUUGGAAUCCCAGGUCUGGAAGACAUCCAUGUCUGGAUCUCCCUGCCUUUCUUCUCUGUUUAUCUUGUGGCUUUGUUGGGCAAUGUCACCAUUCUGCUAGUCAUCAAGGCAGAGCAGACCCUCCGGGAGCUCAUGUUCUAUUUCUUGACCAUUCUUUCAACAAUUGAUUUGGCUCUUUCUACAACCUCUGUGCCCCGCAUGCUGGGUAUCUUCUAGUUUGAUGCUCAUGAGAUUAACUUUGGAACUUGUGUGGCGAUGUUUCUGAUCCAUGCUUUUACUGGCAUGGAGGCUGAGGUGUUAUUGGCCAUGGCCUUUGACUGUUAUGUGGCAAUCUGUGCUCCACUCCACUACACGACUAUUUUGACAUCCCGGGUCCUGGAAGGCAUUAGCGGGUGCACUGUAAUUCGUCCAGUUUUGCUUACACUUCCCAUGAUCUAUCUUAUCUACCACUUACCAUUUUGUCAGGCUCAUAUCAUAGCCCAUUCCUACUGUGAGCACAUGGGCAUUGCAAAAUUGUCCUGUGGAAACAUCCGUAUCAAUGCUAUCUAUGGGGUUUUUGUAGUUUCUUUCUUUGUCUUGAACCUGGUCCUUAUUGGCAUCUCAUAUGUUUAUAUUCUCCAUGCUGUUUUUAGCCUUCCAUCUCAGGAUGCUUUCUUGAAAGCUCUAAGCACGUGUGGCUCUCAUGUUGCAGUCAUCUGUGUUUUCUAUAUACCCUCUGUCUUUUCUUUCCUUACUCACUGGUUUGGACACAACAUACCACGCUUUAUCCACAUUCUUAUUGUCAAUCUUUAUUUGGUUAUCCCACCUUCUCUCAACCCCAUCAUUUAUGGUGUGAGAACAAAACAGAUAUGAGAGCAAGUGCUCCAUGUGUUUAACAAAAAAAUGAGACUGUUACUGUGUUCUUUUACUAAGGAUUUUGAUUCUUCUAGGAAGACUCAAGUCUCAUAUAUUCUUGCUUUAGGAAAAACUCGUGGUCCUUAUCUUAUUUUUGUCAAUUUCCAAUACAAACUGCUUUAUUCCUGGCUGCUGAUGAAUGGAGCUUAA